AUGGCUACUAUCACAGUUUUGAUUCGGCAUUCCGAAAAAUGGAGCGACGAGAAUUGCUAUAUAGAAUAUAGCAUUGAUGGGAUAGUGUUGAAGGAAUAUGCUUCGUAUUCUGAUUUAGUUGAUUUGAUUUCGGUACAAUUGAACGUCGAUCUUACAAAAAAGUGUAUCAAAAUCAAAUACACUGUCGAAGUAUAUUCUGAUUCUGGAGAAACUUCUAUUGAAGGUGAUGUGUUGCAACUUGAAUACAAUCAAGAAUUAAUUGGUACAAAUGAUACAUUACCAAUUGUCCCAACGUUUGACGAUCAACCAGUAGAUGCAUUUGAUGGUGGAAAUGAUUUAAUAAUUACGAACAGAUCGCAAAAGGAGAUAAUGAUUGAUCAGAUAUACAUGGAUAAGUCAACAUUGAAGGAUGUGAUGGAAAAGUAUUCAAUCGAAAAAAGGUUUAAAUUCUUGGUGGAGAGGUCAAACUCUAUAAGCUAUACUCUUGUAUGUCAAUCUAAAGAAUGCCCAUGGCUGAUGAAAACGUCAAGUAUUAACAAGUCGAAGAUGUUCAGAAUUAGAGUUUUUAACUCUGAACAUACAUGUCCUUUAAAUGAUGGGGUGCAUUCAGAUUUUCGUGCAACAAGUGGAUUGAUUGGAGGAAUAAUCGCACCUAAAUUGAGAAAUCACGAGAGGAAGUACACUCCAAAUGAUAUCAGGGAUGACGUUAGAUUGGACUUGGGUAUUGAUAUUAACUACAUGUUGGCAUGGCGAGCAAAAGAGAAGGCAUUAGAAUCGAUAAUGGGGCAACCAACUGCGUCUUAUAGGAAGCUACCUGGAUACUUGCCGAUUGUUUUUGUAGACGCCAGCCACCUUAAAUCAACAUAUACUGGAGUAUUCGUAUCAGCCAGCACUUUGGAUGGAGCAGGGAAUAUAUUACCUUUGGCAUACGAAGUUAUUGAUUCAGAAAAUGAUGUUUCUUGGACAUGGUUCUUUGAACAAUUCAAAGAAGCUUAUGGUGAAAGAGAGAAUAUGUGUGUGGUAUCUGACCGACAUAAUAGCAUAAUAAAGGUUGUAUCUAUUGUAUACAACAAUAUCCAACAUUACGCCUGCAUAUGGUACUUGUGGGCUAAUGUAUGCAAGAAUUUUCGAAAAGCAAAUGAGCAAUUAAGUGAAGUAUUCUACACUAUGGCAAAAGCGUAUACUCAAACUGAUUUUGAUAAGCUAAUGAAAAGAGUUGAGCAGUUUGAUGUAAGGGUGAAGAACUACUUGGAGUUGGUUGGUUAUGAGAAGUGGGCAAGGUUGUAUGCACCAGUUCCUCGUGGUUGGGUGAUGACAUCGAAUAUUGCAGAGUGCAUCAAUUCGACGUUGGUAGCAGCAAGAGAAUUACCAAUAGUUGACUUUCUUGAACAAGUGCGCUUGAUGUUUGCUAGAUGGAAUUGCACAAAUCGAAAAAAUGCAUCAUGUACUUUCACACUACUUGGGAAGAAGUUUCAGGAAAUGCUUGUGCUUAAUGAAUCAAAAUCUGGACGUAUGACGGUUGUCCCGUUAACUGAUUACAUUUAUUCAGUAAGUGAUGAAGGGAAGAGUUAUAUUGUAUGCUUGGAAAAUAAGACUUGCAGUUGCAACAGGUUUCAAGUUGAUGGAAUACCGUGCGCACAUGUAUGGAGGGUGUUGAACAAAAACCACAUGCUUCCAGAUGAAUAUUGUUCAGACUUUUACAAGCCAGAAACAAUAUUGAGAACAUAUGAAGUGCCUGUGUAUCCUUUCCCUGACAAAAGUGAAUGA